AUGCUUGGGCAGGUUUCCACGGACCAGCGGCGCCAACUGGCCACCGAGCUCGACGCCACGGGUGACCUCAACGACGUCUUCGGCCUGUUCGCCUCCAUGAACGCCGGCCCUCCGGCGGACGAGCGCUCGGCCUUCCGCACUACUGAAGAAAACGCGCAGAUUACGACCGACCGGGACUUGGCGGCGUCGCUCUUCGGGCCAUCGAGCGUUCACGACCCCCAGUUCCCGGCGCCUCCCGCGGCCGCCGGCGGCCACACACGUGAGGAGGACCUCGCUCACGCCCGUGGGGAUGUCCUCGGCACCACGGAGGAGUUGAAGAGCGCCCCUGCGGCCGCCCGCGCCUCUGACCAUGACGCCGCCAGCGGAAGGGGCUUCGCCGUGCGCCGGCAUAGCGGUGAGCCCGUCUUGCCGGAAGGGGGGCAACGCGGCUUCGACGAAGAUCAUCAUGCAGGGCCGGCGGCGCUUUCGGGCUCCGCGGGGCGGCGAGCCUUCGCGGUGCGCAAUUCAUGGGGGACCCGUGGCCACGGGCGGUCGGACGGAGUAUCGAGCUUCACCGGCGGGGGAGGGUCUCGGGAGCCGCCAUUGGCGCGACACGUUGCACCUGCCGGUUGCUUCGCUGGCGGACGACAUCCGGCAAAGUACACUUCGGUGGGAGCUGGGCGCCGCGCGGUUGGAGGAGGCGGAACGGCACAUGCAGAAGGAGUGGGCUAG